UGCACCCCGGCCGGCACACAAACGUUUAAGACACGAACGGGCUGAAGGGUGCACAUGGACUCUCCCCGCGCAGAUAUGAUUUAAAGAAUCUCGCACUGUUCCUAUGGAUUUAAGCUACCAGCAUCGCGCUGACAGAUACACUUCUGGUUUUGUCACGCUUCUUCGGGAGGAGAGGUGAGCCAGGUUGCAGUGGCAUGGUUGUGUAUUCUGAAUGGCACCGGACAGCAAUGGACCCGAAGAGCAGCUGCAGUUUGCCAAUGACUGAUGAAGACACUGGUUUGGGGUCUUUGGCCUCACCACUGGUGGGGUAUUUGGGAAAAGUUCAGGAAAGAGCUGCUUCACUGGAGUGUUGUCCCUGGUGUACUUCGAAGGGCUUGAACUAUGCUCUGCGCUCUUACCGCAUCAACCUAAAGGAGUCCAUAACACUUUGCACAAACCCACAGUGCCUUUUCCCUCUGGUCAGCCGGUCCUUGGAGGAUGUUUUGGCCAACUUGGUUCCCGUGGAGCCCUCUGUUGGGAGCAAAAGAAAAAAUGCCAUGGCACAGGAAGACGAAGAAGAGCCGAUUAAACCCAUGCAAAAACGCCUGCGAUCAAGUCAUCAGGACAGUCAAAGUCUAACAGACACGCAUGUCAGCCAAGCAGAGCAUGUUGCUCUAAACAUUGUUAGUAAUGGCCAACAUGCAGAACCAAAGACAGACAGUGGAAAGUCAAAUGGAUGCCACUGGGAUUCUCCAGUUGCAGAGGCAGGAUGGGAAUCACAACAAGAGAACGAACUAGACAAGAAGCCAGAGACUGUUACUUGUACGGAUGGUAUUGUUUCUACUUGCAAGACCGCAGUUGGACACCUGCAGAGCUUAUUCGACAGCUUGCUGAUCACUGAUGAGGACAAGCGUGAGGCAGAGGAGAACAGACGCUGCAGUUUGGACUCCAAUCCACCACUUCUCACAGAUACGGAUAUUCAUUCAACCCAAAUCAAUACUCUGAAGGUGCAGAAAUCAGAGACUGCAGAAAACAACACUUGUAAGAACAUAACAAGUGUUGAGUCUGAGACGGAGUCAGAGUCAGAUGAGCUUGUAGCAGUUCCCAAUCAGCUUUUCUGGAGGAACAGCAACAACCUGUGCUGGUUGGACUCACUGCUUGUUGCUUUGGUGAACUGUAAGAGCUUGAGAAAGUGUACAGCUAAAGAUGAGCCUCAGCGUUCCUCUGUCCGCCAGCUGCUGCAAAGAUAUGAAGACAUUUCCGCUGAUAUCCAAGUCCAUCAUCAGACCGGCAGAGAUGGCGUUGUGAGGGUUCCACAUCACGUGCUGAAAGGAGCCAACGAAGAACUGCAGAGUCUGAGGAUGUCGAUCUUUAAACUUCUGCAGCCCAAGCUGCACGUCAAACUUGGUUGCAGGGAAAGCCCGGUUUUCGCCAUGCCGCUUCUACUUACCAUGGACACGUGGGCGGAGCCUCUCUUUCAGUCGACCUUUCUUUGGGAGUUUGUGUGCAGUGAAUGCAAAGUUGCCAUGAAAGAAAGGGUUAUGAAAACUCUCCCGACCUUCACGAACAUAUUACCUGACUGGCGCCCUCUCCAUGCGGUCCACGCCGCCCCAUGUAAUGUGUGCGGCAAGAAGGACCAGAGGAGGACGAUGUUGCUGGAGAGUUUGCCUCCGGUGUUCGCGCUGCACUUUGUAGAGGGGCUUCCUGACAAUGACGUCAAAGUCUACACCUUCACCUUUAAGGGUAAACGCUACUCAGUCUCAACUGUCAUACAGUACAAGCAGACACUGAAGCACUUUGUCACCUGGAUUCACAAGUCUAAUGGAUCCUGGCUGGAGUACGACGACCUGAAACAUCCAGACUGGGAAUCUCAUCUGACGCUCCCGGUCCCUGCUCACGAGAUGCACAUUGUCUUCUGGGAGGCGGAGGACGAUAAGGAGCAUCACGUCUGUUCUCCCUCCAGCACGUUUACUGAAACUCCCCUAUCCAAACGCAAGAUGAACUCCAGUCUGUGCGACAAAGACUUAAAAGCAGAUCGACUUUUGGCUCGCACUCCAGAUCAGUCGAUUUUUACAUCGCACAAUGACACGGACAUCAUGUGUGCGCUCUCAGCACCUGAAGACUCGACAAUCACGGCUGGUCUUGAUGCAUCCAUAGGUUCGACAACACUUCUUGACACCUUCCAAGGCCUCAGCCAUAAUGACAUCAUUACACUCACACUUGUGGAAUUAAAACCUGACUCAGAAACGGAGCCUCUAAAUGACAUCCAACAAAAUCAGGAUUUGGUUGUUUCCAGUAGGAUUGAAAACCUUGACUCUACACCUGACAGCUCCUCAACUGUUAUAUGUAAUAAAAACUCUCAUGGCUCUGUAGCAGAGUUCCCCACCCUCUCCAGCUCUUCUGGAUCUGAGGACAGCUCGUCGAGUGAUCCCACAUUUUUUCCACGUGGCAGGGGUGGACGGAGGAGAGGAAGAGGAGUUGGCAGAGGCCAAACUGUUGGCAGACAAAACACAAGAAGGUCAGCCUCAUCCAAAGCUGCCCCACUUAUUUCUGCAUUUCCUGAGCCGCCCAAAGUGAUCAGUCACAAACCUGUGGAUCUUCCAGCUAAACAGGAAGCUCCUCAAGUUGUUUCUUCUUCUGACGCCUCACCCUUGUGCUCGAGUAAGGAUAGUCCCACAAUGCCUCCAACGCUAGAUCAGAAUGCUCGUUUGUCCUUCCUCCUCAGCAAAAACCCACUACACAAAGGUGUCAAGCCGAUUUCUAAAGUCCCCCCCACCCCAGUUAUACAAGUAAAGAAGCCCAUUCCUCUUUCUCAAUCUACACCAAACCCUGUAAGAAAACAGCAGAUUUCUGCAGCCGUCUACCCCAAACCACCGCUUAAGACAGAAAAAACUGAUGGUCUCCCACUGAAAGCUGCAGAAAUGUACGGAGCAUUCGGUGCAAAGACCUCAAACACACAAAGUCUGCUUCCAACCCCUGCCAAAUCAAUCCCAUUCAAACCCCAAAUUUUACUGACGAACACUACAAAGGUGUCUGGCACAUCACUUCCUAUUCUUGGAGAAAAGGAAAUCUACUCCUCAAAGAAACACAGCAGCUCCUCGAAGGUUCCUCCAGGUGUCGGCACGACUGAAGCCCUCCGGUACAAGCUAAUCAAGAAACUGAAGGCGAAGAAGAAGAAGCUUGCCAAGCUUAAUGAAAUGUUGGGUCAUCAAGGCAGAACUAGCCUCAGACCAGACAGCACCGACUUGGGCUCUCCGAGCACCGUCACCUCCAGCACAUACGACAGCUCCAUCUGCGACGACCCCCUCUCUGACCUGCUCUCGCCUGCAACCACAGCCAGCAACCUCUCGCCAGACAGCACUGGCUUACUUGAGAUGCUGGCAAAUGGGAAAGAUGGCGUCGACCAGUUGGGAGGAGCUAGCGUUGCAACGUCACAGAUAAACACUUACGGAAAUGAGCCAAUUAGUGAAAACUUCAUGGAUGACUUCUUGUUGCAGGCAGAAUCUCAGAGGCCGACUGACGAGGAGACAGAGGCACUGGAAGCACUUCUUUUGUCUGAGCUUUGGGGAUAGUAGUUGUCUCAAAAACUAUGCCAAAUUGACUGCGGUCCUAGACUGCCAACUAAUAUGAAAGUAAUGAAACAUCAGGAUGCAUUUAUGUUGAUAUAAAUGUCAAUAGAUCCAAUAAAAACUGUGUGCAUGUUCAGUCUUGUACAUUAAAUAAUGGGGGAAUUUAUAAAACAUAUCACAGCUUUUUUUCCACUCUUUUGGCACUUAGCUGUAUACAUACAGUACCUAUAUACUAUUUAUACAUAAUGUAUGCGUUUGGGUUGUAUGAAGUUAUUAUGUUUACAUCUGAAGCAGCUUGUUUGCUGUUUUUUAAGUUAUAUGACAAAUUACUUGAAUUCACAUGAUACAUGUUUUUGUGUCAUUUAAUAAAUUCUCUAGAUGACUCCAGAA